AUGCAACCAGAAGAUAUUCUUAAAGAACACUUACAUAGAAAAGACACAAACUAUCCAAUGCCAAGUCCAAGUGAGUUAUGGUGCGUUAUGAUGAAUGAAUUAAUCACAACAAUUCAAACAAGAAUGACAGAACUUCAAGUCGAUAUUGAUGGAUUUCUUAUUUCUAUUCCUGAUGGAACAGAUUAUUCGUUAUACUCUCUUAUUGAAAAGGCUUGUUCCUUUAUAACAAAAAAUUACAAAAUAAAAUGCGUUCUUACUUAUAAUUCUAUUAUUGCUUCUACUGCUUAUUUGAAGUGUUUAAUAAAUGGAAUUGGAAAUGAAUCAAAAGACAUUUUUAGCGUUAAAGCUACUUGUUUCAUUGAUUUUGGAUUCAAUUCAACUGAAUGUUAUGUUUUUCUUCUAACUAAUUUAAAUGCUAUUUGCUUGGCUAAAGGAAGAUGUAAAGGAGGAUUAAAUGAUACAUAUCAAAUAAUAAGAAAAAAAUUAACAAAUAGUACAGAAUUAGUUCCAUUCGAUAAAUGGAAAUCAAUAGAGAAGACAGAUUGUAAAUUAAUAAAAGAGUCAUUCAGCUGUUAUUGUAACCCAAAAGUAAAUGAUGUCCAUUUUACUAAUUUCAACCAAGAUGACAUUCUAAUUUGUAGGGACGAUUUAAAGAAUGACUUUGAUAACCUUUGUAAAGAUAUAUCUAGUAUGGUUAAAAAAACAAUAGAAAGAGCACAAGGAAUGAGCGAAAAAUUAAAAACAAUAAGUGUUGGAUCUCGUGAAUUUACUCUCUCAAAUUUAAAAAUUGAUAAUUUUUAUAUCAACUCUGAAAUAAAAAAUCAAUUUUUGAUUGAAGAGUUAGAAGGACAAUCAUUAACAUUUAAUGACACUAACUAUGGUUCAACUCUGUUUGCUAUUGGAUGUUCUUUAUCCACGUCCCUUUAUCAAAGAAAAUUUGAUGCUAAUAAAAAAGGGUUUGAAGCAAGUGAUAAUAUUAAUGACUUAUUCACCAUUCAAGAAAUGAUUUAUCCAUCAAGAUUUAUUUUAAGAAAGAAUAAUAACGAAAAUGCUGAUAUUCCAUUCCCAAACGAAUAUUGUUCAAGCGAAGACAUGAUUCAAAUAGGACAACUUGAAAAGGGAGAUUAUAAAUUAUUUGAUAGUGAGUAUAAGGAUAAAUCCAAUAAAAUGAAAGAACUUGGAAUGUUUAGCGUUCUUAGUAAUGGUUGUUAUUACGCUUCAUUGGGUAAUUCCAUUGGAAUUAAACCACAAGAAAUUUUAUGUGAUGUUUUUGGUACUAAGAUGGUGGAAAAUUUUACUGUUGAAAAAAAAGAACUUGAGACUAAAGACUAUGUAUGUCAACGUGUUGAAAAACAUUUUUCUAAUGGUAUUGAUGAGUUAGAAAUUUUAUGUUGUGGAGAAAUUAUUCAACCUCAUACUGCAGUUUUUGAGGAAGGAAUAAAUGAUGAAAUACAGAGGUUUAAUCACCUUAAAACGUCUGCUGAUGAAUUUUUAAAACGAGGAAAUAAAAUUUUAACAGAGGCAUUACGUAAUUGCAAAGACUCGAAAAUAACAAGAGAAGAAAUUAGUAGAGAAGUGUAUUCAAUAAGGCUAUUGUCUAAUGGAGAUAUUGAUAAAUUGAAUAGUGCGUGGGACAAGUUAAAAGCUAAGCUUUUUAAUAAAACAUAA